CACAAUUUUUGCUCUGUUUUUCCGCCAAAUCUCAAAAUCUCGUCAAUUGUUGUCGCAGCAUGUCCACUUGCAGUUCGUCGGAAAUAGCGGAGAAGAAACGCAUUGCGCUGGCCAAGCUGCAGGCCAAGAAGUCCCAGUUGCUGGCCAGUGCCUCCGGCGGAAAGUCCACCGCGACUGCAACAAGUGGAAAUGCGAAUCCCAAUCAACCGCAGGCCAAAUCCCCAUUGAAUUUCUACCGAUCGCCGCCUGCAGCGCAGGAGAAGAUCAGCAGACCCACGGCCACGUCCACGUCCAGUGACAAUAAGAGCUCCUCUUUCCUGAACGCUCUGAAGGCAAUCAAGCAGACCGCCGGCCGGGAAUUGUCCCGAGCAGCCGCACAUCCCUACCAGCGGCCAAAUGGAGAGAAUGGACGCAGCAAGCCCACUCUUUCACUUGCUCCUGAGAAGGAGAAACCAGUGGCUAUGGCACUCGGUAACUCCAUCACCUGCAAUCUCUACAUGGUCAGCCCGCAUCGGUUUGCCGCCCAAACUUCGGGAUAUCACGAAAAGCUCAUAGCCGUGUUUAAGAUGAUGCCCACCAGGUCCUACGAUAGUCAAACGCGAAUCUGGAGUUUCGACCUUUCGGAUUACCAAUCUCUUCAAACCCAUACAGGGGAUCUCAAGCCAAAUGUCCACCUGGUUGGCAUUCCAAAGAAGGUGCUCGAUCUCUGCCGGCAGCCGCCAAUUGUUUCGGAAAGCAGUGUUUUAGCUUCCAUAGAACCCAGGCUGGCCGAUAAGCUGAUGCCCUUCCAACAGGAUGGCGUGUGCUUCUCCAUUGCCCAAAAGGGCCGCAUUAUGAUCUGUGAUGAAAUGGGCCUGGGCAAAACCUAUCAGGCCUUGGCUGUGGCCGACUAUUUCAAGGACGAUUGGCCCUUGCUCAUCUGCACCACCGCCUCUACAAGAGACAGUUGGGCCAAACACAUCGUGGAACUGCUGCCCAAGGUGCCCAUCCACUAUAUCCAGGUGCUGAACAACAAUCAACAGUAUGUGGGCGAGGCCCAGGUGCUCAUCACCAGCUACAACAUGAUGGAGCGGCACGAGGACAAGCUGCUGCAGCGCAAGUACGGCUUCAUCAUCUUCGACGAGUCGCACACGCUGAAGAACAGCAAGGCCAAGUGCACGACAACGGCCAAGAGGCUCACGGAUCAAGCCAAGCGGGUGGUUUUGUUAUCCGGAACUCCAGCUCUGUCCCGACCUCUGGAACUCUUCACCCAACUCCAGUUGGUGGAUGGCAAAUUCAUGAGCUUCAUGGAGUUUACUACUCGUUACUGUGAUGGCAAACAGUCCACUUUUGGCUGGGAUGCCAGCGGGCAAUCGAAUCUGGAGGAGCUCAAGGUUAUGCUUACACUUAAAUACAUGCUGAGGCGUACGAAAACGGAGGUGCUGCCUCAACUCGCUGAAAAGAAUCGUGAAACUGUGGUCUUGGAUCCCGCCUUAGUCUGGACCAACGAUGAGACCAAGGAUACCUGUGAGGCGCUUAACAAAGAGCUGAAAACAUGCAAAGGCAGGGCCAUGGAGGAGAUUUUACUUCGUUUCUAUGCACGCACUGCAGAAGUUAAAACCCGAGCCGUAUGCGCCUAUCUGAAAACCUUGGUUAAGGAGCAGAAAAAGUUCAUUAUUUUUGCCCAUCAUCGGGUCAUGAUGGAUGCCAUCAGCGAUUGCCUUGGUGGAUUGAAAGUACACUACAUUCGCAUCGAUGGACAGACGCGUAGUGAUCUCAGGGCGGAUUUUGUAGACACAUUCCAGAAGAAGAGCAGCUGUAAGGUGGCGGUGCUCUCUCUUAAAGCCUGCAACUCAGGGAUUACUCUAACUGCAGCGGAGAUAAUUGUGUUUGCUGAGCUGGACUGGAAUCCUAGCACCUUGGCUCAGGCGGAGAGUCGUGCCCAUCGCAUUGGCCAAACGAAACCGGUGAUUUGUCGUUAUUUAAUGGCCCAUAAUACGGCAGACGAUACCAUCUGGAAUAUGCUGAAAAACAAGCAGGAGGUGCUCAGUAAAGUAGGCAUCUUUGCCGAGAAUCUACAAAAGGCGACACACACAGCGGCACCCACUUCGUCCCAUAAAAUCGAGGAAUUCUUCUCGCCCGCUAAAUCUGCGUCCUCUUCUACGGAAAGGGGUAGCAUAAGACAGUACUUUUCACCUGCUCCAGCCAAAGCACCUAGUGAACAGAAUAACAAUACCGAAAAAGCCAAAGAACAGAAUGCGCAGACCGAUAUGGCGGCCUUUUUCAACGAUGAUGAUGAUGAGGCUUUUCUGGAUUUAGAUAUUUAG